CGCCUGCGCACGCAGGAGGCGGAGGGACUUUUGAAGAUGGCGGCCGACUUCAGCGUGGUGGGUUUGGUGGAAGAGUUUGUGAUCGGGCAACACGAUGGGCCGGCGAAGGACUUGGCAACAGGUGUCAUCGAUGGAAAGUGCACUACACUGGAAAUUGUAGAAGCAUUAGGAACAAGUUUAACAAAUUCUGAGCCACGAACAAGAGGCCGAGGGGUGCACCUGCUGUCUCAGGUUCUGCUGCAGUCAUAUUCUUCCCUCAACCAAAAAGAAGUGGAGGUACUUGUUAUCUUUUAUAUCGAUCGACUGAAGGAUCAUCACCUUAUUACACCUUAUGUAUUACAAGGAUUGAAGGCCCUGAGCUUGAGUUCUGUUUUGCCGGAAGGGUUGGCCGUGGCAGUUUUGAAAGCACUGUUUCAGGAACUGCAUGUUCAGUCUCUACUGCAGUCUGAAAGGCAUUCAGUAUACAGCAUAAUCACCAAUUUCAUGGCCACCAGAGAACAAGAGCUGAAAGGAUUAGGAGCGGACUUUACGUAUGGCUUUAUUCAAGCGAUGGAUGGAGAGAAGGACCCGAGGAAUUUGCUAUUGGCCUUUCAGAUCUCCAGAGACCUUAUUGUUAAAGAUUAUGACCUUGGAAUCUUUGUGGAGGAGCUCUUUGAAGUCACUUCAUGCUAUUUUCCAGUUGAUUUUACACCUCCUCCAAAUGACCCACACGGAAUAUCUCAUGAUGACCUAGUGCUGAGCCUGAGGUCUGUUCUUACCGCUACGCCUCGGUUUGCAGAGUUCCUAUUGCCACUUCUAGUGGAGAAGCUUGAUUCAGAUGUUCAGAGCUCAAAGGUGGACUCCCUUCAGACCCUGACAGCAUGCUGCAAGGAUUAUAGGAACAAGGACCUAAAAGAAUUCCUGCCAGCUCUUUGGCAUUCCAUACGGAGAGAGGUCUUUCAGACAGCAGUUGAGAAAAUUGAGACCGAAGGCCUUGCUGCUCUUCAAGCAAUUGCGACUGCUCUUUCCAAGUCAGUUAUUGAUUCGGAUGCAGAAGAUAGCCUGGAUACUUUCCUUGGCAACGUUUUACAAGACUGUGAGCAUCACCUGUGUGAACCAGAUAUGAAACUUGUGUGGCCGAGUGCCAAACUUCUUCAGUCAGCUGCGAGUGCUUCCUACAGAGCAUGGUACAAGAUUACCAGCUGCAUUUUUCCUCUGUUACUGGAACAAUUCAACAAGCAUAAACAGAGUAACCAACGUUGGACUCUCUUGGGAAUCCUAAAGGUUUUCAUUCAACUUACUGACAAUUGGAGCAGAGAUGAGGAAGAUGAGAAUCCCCUCUGUGCGUUUAAGGAUCAACUGUGUGGCCUGGUAUUCUCUGCACUAACUGACUCCAGUGCCCAGUUACAGACUGUGGGGACCAGCACUUUGGCAGUUCUGGGACUGCAGCAAGGAUUGUUGUCUCCCUCCGACAUAGAAUUAAGCGUAGAUCACUUGAAUAGACUGAUCCUUCAGGAAGAUGACCCACAAGUUUGUGCUGCAGCGUUGGAAGCCUCAACUGCCAUGUCUGCAAUUCACCCCUCUGCCUUUAUCUGCAAAAUGGUCCCAGCACUGACAAGAGAGUUGAGCACUGGGCCUGUUGAAGUGAAGGUUGGCUUGGUACUUCCUGCAGAGUCUGAGAACAUACUGCAUCAGCGCCCUAUCCAGGCUCUGGCCGCUAUCUCCACUCAUCUCAGUAUAAUGCAGAAAACUGUCCCGGUCCUGCUGACCUAUCUGACCGAUUUACAGAAAGAGAAUGCAAACUCUAAGAGCGGGGUAGCCAUCCUGAUCUGUCAGAGUCUGCAGCAAGUGGCGGAACGGUGCAAGGAUAUCAGUGAAAGCAGUCAGUAUUUUCACCAAACUGUUAUUCCGUGUCUGCUAGGGCUGGCAGUCCGAGCAUCGAUCCAAGCUUCUGCUGUAGGGUUUGACUCUGAAGUUCCACUUGGGAUCCUGUGUGAAGAAAAGGUAAUCACAGCAGUGGGGACUGUGAUCAGCACUGCCUACAGUCACAGACAAACAGAACUAGUUUCCAGGACAGUCUCACAGGUUGUUGCCUUGUUUCUUGAUGGGAGUGAUUCCUUCCUGCCUGAAGAUAAUUGUCCUGGAAAGUUCCAUCCUUUUCACAGUCCCAACCCUCCAUGGCCGCAGACUCAGUUAAUAGCACUUCUGCAGGCAGCUGUUUGCUCUUUGCCAAAGAAUGUGGUGGUGCCUCAACAAGAGAGGUUGUUAGCACAUCUGAUGGAGCUAUGUUGUUCCAGCAGCCACCGAUUCACUUACACUUCUGCUGCCAAAUGUGUUGCCGGUCUUAUCAAUAAGUACCCAGCAGGUGAACAGUUGGAUUCCGUUCUGAAAGAUGUGCUGAAGAAGAUGGACUGUGAACUACAGAAGAAUGGAGGUGAUUGUUUACAGUCUGCUGGCAGGACAAGAAUUUUCACCUUGUUGCUAUGGUUAACAAAAUCCCUUGUCUUGCGAUAUCAUCCUCUGGCUGCCACACUGACUGACAAGCUGAUGGCGCUACUUACCGACCCUGUGCUAGGAACAGAGGCUGCAGACGGAUUCUCCCUGUUGGUGAGCGAUUCCUCUGAUGUCCUGAACAAGGCCACUCACGCCGACGUGCGCCUCAUGUACCGGCAGCGGUUCUUCACCGAGAACGUCCCCAAGUUGGUCCAGGGUUUCCAUGUUGCUGGUAAAGAUAACAAGUCGAACUACCUAAAAGCACUCUCUCACGUGCUGAACAGUCUACCCAAGCAAGUACUACUAACAGAGCUCCCGUCGCUGUUGACUUUGUUGUUGGAGGCCUUGUCUUGCCCAGACCAAGUGGUCCAAUUGUCCACUCUAGGAUGCCUACAUCCCCUGUUACUGGAGGCUCCACAAAUCAUGAGUUUGCACAUCGAGACCUUGGUAAACAAGCUGCUCAGUCUGACUACGAGUCCUGCCAUGAAAGUCCGUAUUGCCUCCUUGCAAUGUAUGCACGCAUUGACGAAACUGCCCACACACGUGAUCCUUCCAUAUAAAGCCCGGGUGAUUCAAGCCCUAGCCAAACCCUUAGAUGACAAGAAACGGCUGGUGAGGAAGGAGGCGGUUGCAGCUCGGGGAGAAUGGUUUCUUUUAGGGAGCCCGGGUAGUUGAUAUUCACCCAGAGCAGCAGACCCGAGGAAGCGGACAAUCAGCCGAAGCCCAGUCUUUUCCGUACGUCUACAGCUCAGUGACCUGUCCAACAUGACGUCCCAAACCACAGAAACUGCAGGAAAACUCAAACCCUCUCCGACAGCGACUUGCGACUGAGGUGGAGACUGAAGCAAUGAAGAGAUUGCACUUUGAUGCUUAACCAUUUUGUUUUCGAUUUAUUUUUUUUUUAAUUUUUAACCAAAUGUAUAAAGAAGCACAUUUCACAGAGCACCCAUGGGGGCCUCAGAGCUCAGUAUGAUAAGAACCCUUGCAGGAUACAACAAAGCCAACUCAACAACUCUGAUUGAAUCACUUUCAUUGUUCCAGCAAUGGAGUAAGGACUGUGUGGGGAAGAAACCAACAGAUGGAGGGCUGAGGCGUUGAGCACAUGUUGAAGAAUCACCUGUUCACAGCUGAUGGAUAGUUCCACUCCUGAGCUGCACUGGGAAGGAUUGGGCCCAGCAGUGUAACCCAGAUCAACAAGUUCAAAUAAUUUAUAUUUAGAAUCCCAGAUACAUGGGAGUGAGUUUUGAGCUGGAAUCUAAGCUAAGGUUUGCAUUUUUACGUCAUGGAUUCCUACAAGUUUCUUACACGAGAUUGGAAUUUAAAUGCAAAUUACAGCUUUGAAAUUUCCGUUAUGAACAGAAGUUUGUUUUAACUACGCCUUUCGGCAACCCCUGCUGAUAAUCAUGAAGAGCUAGAUGGGUGUGCAGUUACAAGUGCCAGUGUUACUCAUCUAAUAUGCAAGGUGUGGCUGUGUGGUUGAAGCUGUUUGGUGUUGGAUGGUACCCUUUAAGACUGCAUGGUUGAGGUCUGAGUGAGCAGAGUUUGUGCUGGAGAGAAAGUUUGAUGGUUGUCAAUUGCUUAAUCUAGAAAUUAUCAGGGUGAAGUACAUAUUUUAAGCUACUAAAAGUGACAAAGCUGUAGCCUGCCAGAACAGAGACAUAGAACACAGAACAUUAUAACACAGUUCAGGCCCUUUGGCUCAUGAUGUUGUGCCUACUCAAAGAUCAAUUUAAUCCUUCUCUACAUAGCCCUCCAGCUUUUCUAUUCAAGAGCUUUUUAAAUGCCCAUAACGUAUCUGCCUUUACCACAUUAGGGACAUUUAAAACAACUCUUCAGGUACAUGGAUGAUAGAAAAAUGGAGGUUCUGUAGGAUGAAGGGUUAGGUGAUUGGGUAAUUAGUCUAGAAGGGCUACAAUGACUGUGGUAGCUAGUGGAUUGCAUUUAUUGACGACCUGAUGGCCAGCCAGACUGGAUUUGAUUAAGCUGGAUACAAAACUUGCCCUAAGCAACCUCCAGUCACCCAUCUGAUGCAUGAGUGUGUGACCAGAGAGUCCAGUGUGUGCACUUUCUGGCUUAUUGCUCAUGAGAGAAGGUCGCACCAUGUGAGCAGACCUUAGGGUUGUAUUCCUGGCUCCCUCCCUUGCUUCCUGCUCAGGGGGUCGUGAGCCUUGGGUUUGGUGACAUGAAUGUCUCUUCUAUGCUGACUCUCCAGUCUGAAUCAGAAUCAUGUUUUUUUUUAUCACUGACAAAUGUCAUGAAAUUUGUUGUUCUGUGGCAGCAGUACAGUCAAGACAAAAGUUAUUGCAACUUACAAAAAUAAAUAGUGCAAAAGUUCUCAGGAAUCCACAGGUGGGAUGAUACAUGACGAAGGCAAUAAUUGAGAUUAAAAGCACAGAUUUCUGGAAUUACUCAGCAGAUGUAGAGAAAGAGAAACUUUCAAUAUUUCAGAUGGAUAACUUCAUUGGAAAGGCGUGAAGAAAGGAAUUAACUUGGAACAUUAGCUCUGUUUCUCUUUCUACCAAUCCUUGAUCAAAUUAUUUAUUUCAUUUUCAUGAUAUAUUUCUAAUUUCCAGCAUCUAUAGUUUUUGUGCUUUUCACAGUAGCAUUGGUCUUCUGGCUAAUGUUUGAUCUGAGUUCCUGAAAUGGCUCAGGCAGCCUCUGGCCUACACCAAAGCGCCAGCUGUUUAGGAUUCCAGCAUGGUCACAGUCAUUGGCUUCAUGGAGGUGGGAAUGUUGGGGUGUUCCUCACACAGUGAGAACUGAUUUGGAGACAAAACAUAAAAAAUAUAUGGUAGCAUUGCGUAAAGGGGUUAAAACCUGUACUGAUAUUAGGCAGCAUCUGGAUUGGGUAAAGAAGUGAUUCUAUGAGUGAUAACUAUAUCCUGUGUCGCAUUAAAUAACUGUUGCGUGGGUAUCCUUUAGUCUGGUCCCUCACUAUAGAAUUGCUUCUUUCUAUCAGUGACCCACAGCAGCCUUACUUUCACAUCACUGAUAAAUUGCUGCUUGUUUGUGUAGACCAAAAGAAUUCACACAGUAUUUCUCUUUGUUGCAAGCUAAGGUCAAAAGGGGAGGCACUCAUCCUAUAACAAAUGCUCCUUGAUCCAGUUUUUGUUUGUUCUUAUACUGUUAACCAAUCUGCUUCUCUCCCCCCCCCCCAAUAUCGCUACCCUGCGUGCACUGUGUAUACAUAGUGAAGUAAACCUUUUGCUAUGUCAAGAUUCAUUACCCAUGUUUUAUUAGAGCUGUGUUCAAUUCUGCUUUUACCUUGUAUCUACAAUGGCAAGCUUCCAUGCUGGAGUGUAUUGAAGUUGUUGCUAGGCUGGUAACCAGAUACAAGUUCACUUUAGCCUGCAAUUUGUUGUCAGGCCAGUUCAGCCUGUUACAGACAUUCACCGCCCGGUACCAACCCAGUUGGGUUCCCCUUUAGCUCACUAUUCCAUCUCUUUCGCACCCCCCCCCCCCCAUCUCUCUCAGCUAUGGUACAGAACCAAGAAUUCACUAUUCCCUACGAUGUAUUUGCUAUCCCAAACUAUAGUUAGUGUUUUCCAAUACUGCCCAUGAGUGUUCGGCAACUUGCUCUCUGCACACCUACUCAGUAUUAUUUCUUGGGAGCUUGGUUCAAGGGUAUUUAUUGUUUGUCCCAGACUGCCCUGGAGGAGGCACUGGUGAGCUACCACCAUGAAACACUGCAGUCCUGGUGCAGGUGCUCCUUCAGUCCUGCAGGGAAGGGGUUUCCAGGGUUUCUAUCCAGUGCUGUAAUUCCAAGUGUGAAUGGUGAGCGAUUUGGAAGGUGAGAUGGUGAUGGCGUUUGUAUACACCUGAAGUUCUUGUAGAGCCAGUGGGUUUGGAAAGUAUAAUCAGAGUAGCCUAGGCAAAUGACUGCAUUGGACUUUGUGGAUGAUGCACAGUGCUGCAGGAAACAAACAUUUAGGGUUGAUUUAUCCUCAACAGCACUGAGCAGCCAGAGAGUUAGAGCUGCACCUCUCCGGGCAAGCGAAGAGCAAACUGUUGCACUCCUGACAUGUGCCUUCUUGACAGUGCAGAGUCCUUUGGGUGCCAGGAAGUCCCAGAGCACUACAACACAGAAACAGGCACUUUGGCCCAUUGCUUUGUGCUGAACUGUUCUCCCUAGGCCCAUCUACCUGCACCUGGACCGUUACCCUCCAUGCCCCUCAGUCAAGUACUUAUCCAACCUUCUGUUAAAAGUUGCAAUCGAACCCACAUCCACCACUUCCACUGGCAGUUUGUUCCACAUGCUCAUCAUCCUCUGAGUGAAAAAGUUUCCCCUCAUGUUUCCUGUAAAUAUUGCACGUUUCACCCUUAACCUAUGAUGUCAAGUUAUAAUCUCACCUAACCUCAGUGGAAAAAGCCUGCUUGCAUUUAUGUUAGAGCCCUCAAAAUUUUGUAUACCCUUAUCAAAUCUCCCCUCAUUCUCCUAUGCUUUAGCGAAUAAAGUCUGCACCAAUUGAACCUAUAGCUUAGAUCCUUGAAUCCAUGUAAAUUUUACUCUUUCAGUCUUAUUGAUAUCUUUCCUGUAGAUACACAACUGCACCCAAUACUCUAAAAUUUGGCCUCAUCAACACCUUGUACAUCUUCAGGGUAACAUCUCAACACAAAGUGAAUUGCUUGCUCUGGGUCCUCAGAGCCACAAUAUUUGUGUCUAAAUUCAUUGGGUUUCUGUCAUUAGUGACCCCCAGAAUGACUUUGGUGUGAUAGCAGCAAUAAUGCUAUCCAGGUUUGCCUCUCCUUGGAGAUGGUUACUGUGUGCCAUUUCUGUGGAUUAAAUGUAAUUUUCACUUGUUAGCCUAUACCUGUGUCCUGCUGCACGAAGGCACAGACUCCUUCAUUUAUUGAUGAGGUGUGAAACAGACUGAACAUUAUUAAAGAACUCCUGCAUUGAUGUGCUGAGGCCAGGUUGGUUGACUUCCAAUGACCACAUCUUCCUUUGCGUGUGGUGGGAAGUGGAAAUCUUCCUUCAGUACAUCAACACCCGAUGCUGCAGAUACUGGAAAUCCUGAGCAAAGUACUGGAGGAACUCAGUAGAUCAGGCAACAUCUAUGGAGAGGAAUAAACAGUCUUGCUUCUUUUCCCAUCCUUUCCAGUCCUGACGGUCUUAUCCAGGAAACGUUGACUAUUUAUUCCUGUCCAUGGUUGCUGCCUGACCUGCUGAGUUCCUCCAGCAUUUUGCAUGUUUCUAAGUACAUUCACCUCCAGACGUUCCAUCCUGCUUCCAAAGCUACAAAGGGACAAUACCGUCUUGCUGGAAAUGUGAAAUCAGAAACAAGAUGCUGGAAAGACUCAGCAGAUUAGGCUGCAUCUGUGGAGCGAGAAACGCAGUUAAUGUUUCAGGUGUGCUGCAGAUUAUCAGACCCGGGAAAUUUGUAAAAGGUUUUAAGCAAACAGACCAGUGGGUGGAAGCGAUAGGAAAAGAGGAAAGGAUUUAUAGUACAGUGGGUGGUCAUGGAACAAGUGAGGACAUAGUGACAUUGUUGAACCUAGGACUGAGACUCAAGGGAUUAAUUAAACUCUGGCUCAGACUUUCCCAGUGAACUGGGUGCUCUGUAUUUCCUCUUACCAGGAGAGAGGAGGUUGUUAGCAUGAGCAUUGCAAAGCAAAAGAAAUUGAACAUGGGUUUUGAAAAUUAAAAAAAAAACUGAUCUUGAAAUCUAACAUUUUAAUACACUCAGCCAAAUCAGGCACCAUCUGUAGAGAGGGAAACAAUGUUAGUAUGUGGGGUUAAUCACCUUCAUCAGAACCCAUCUGCAGAAUGCAGCCUGAUUGAUUCACUGUUGUGUUUAUCACUGAACAAACUCAUGGAUCCUGUUACCUGGAAGGGUUACACGGGGGUAAUAAUAGGAGGAGGUAAAAAGGCCACAUAAAUGUCACAUCUGUCCAGGAAGAUUCUGUUGGGAUGGUCCAGGAAUGGAUCAGUGUGCUGUGGAGUGUAUGCAUGUAAAGUCACCCAGGGGAUCAGAGAUGCAGCCAGUUAUCCUUUGCGGCAGAUUUUAAAUUUGCCACAGCGGCAUGCUCUUGACCAUCCCAAACGUUGCAAAAGCCAUCAUUCGCACUUCCAGAAGUCUUCCAACUUCAGGUGAAAUUUCAAAUCAUUUCAACUCCAUCCUAACUUUCUCUCUUGCUGCUGCUUCUGCUCUUCAGAUCUGACCAUUUGUAAAGGUGUUCCAGUGGCUGCUGUUUUGGAUUCAUGGUUGCCUGCCUGCUUGCAGCAGGAAAGGCUGUGCAUAGAGAAGAAUUCAUUAUUCUGCUCUUAACCAACUCUUGCAGGGAGGCUUCUCACUCAACACUGUUCCUUGCUCCUAGGUUUGACAGGUACAUUUAUAAGAUGCUCUGUGCACAAAGCUGCUUUUCCAUGGAACAAAGGAGGCUUUGAUGAGACUGACAAAUAAGAAUUAACUAGGUUCCAGCUAACUAGUUUACAAAGUGUGUGUGUAUUUGCAGUUGUCUGCACAGCUAAUAUAAAUGUAACUUCUAACUGGAGGAAUAAUGAACAUAAUGGAAAAAUAGGUUUUCCCCACCAAGAAUAAACUAAUAAAUUUAGAGUGCCAUGAUAAACACUCUCAGUUGGUUGUCCUGUUUCUCCUUGAAUAUAUCGUUGGAAGCUGGGGUGUGGAAAUGUGUCUUGGCAUGUGGGCUUCCCAUUACUAAUAGUAUUAACUUCAAUUACCAUCCUUCAUGGGCUUGUCUUUCCAACCAAAUAAGCACAUUUGAAAUAUGAUCCAUUUUGCUGCAAGAUUCACACAAUCAGCAUUGUGAUGGUGAAUAGAAUCAUUUGUUGCACUGUUUAUUUGAAAGGGAGCAGGAGCUUUCCUAUCCACCACUAG